UGGACCCUCAAGGUUUCGAAGAAAUCUCAUGGCUACUCCUACCGGUAAUGGCUUAUCCACAUGGCUCGCUGGCAUGUUCGCCUCCGUGGCUGGGAAUGGUCCGAGACGGCGCUCCUCGGGGAUCUCAAUUAGUGAAGGGGGGAGUUCCUCAGCGGCGUCAGCACCCAUGUGCAAUGAAGACGAGUCGCAGGAUUUGGGGUUUGAUAGGAUCAACCAGGGCAAGAAAGCUAUUGUGGGAGGUCCGGGCAAGGAAGGGCAUAAAAAGUACAUUCAAUUUGAGGAUCUGAUCGAAGAACUUAUGGCGAAGACUAAGCAUGAGCUUGAAGAGCUGUGCAAGAAGGACCGCAUCAAGUACGUAAACAAGAAGAUUACCACGGCUGCGCUGGCCCGACUACUCGCCAUCGAAGCUUAUGGCGAAGAGGAUGUUGAUGAUGUCGAGUCUGAGGAGGAAUCUCAAGAGGAAAAUCCCACUUGAUGUCGAGUCUGAGGCGUAAAUUGAUCUCCUUAUGAAAUCAGCGAAGUAAAGAAGGGUGGCAGGGCCGGAAAACUAUGAGAACUA